AUGCAGUCAAAUAUUAUAUCACCAACAAUAAUAAAUGAACUGCUUUUAGAGGUAAGUGCAUUAAAGGAACUCCUUCCAUCGAAUUUAAAGAAAAUUGUUACAGAGAUUAAUGACUUUGGAAGAGAAGUAAAUAAUUGUAAACCACCUGACUUUCCUUGUUCAACUAGUGUCGGAAGUAUUUUGUAUAGGUAUUGUAUUGGAAUUGGAACAUUAAUAAUAAUAUCUCAGAAUUAUCUUAAUUGUCAUUUAAAAGAUGAGAUUGAAUCAUUAUUAUCUUCUUCUUCUCCAAACAUUAAAGACAUUGAACUAUACCACACUGAACUACCUAACCAAUCUUAUGACCUUAUGAUUUCAUUCCAAGAAGGAUUCAAUGGAUGUAAUAAAAGAAUUAUUAAAGGUGAUCAUAUUUAUAAUAUUGUUAUUCCUCGAUAUACUCUCCAUCCAACAUCACUCAGUGUAGGGGAUGUUGUUUUCAAUAUUACUGUUUCACAACAAAGUAAUUAUUGUGUUUUUGAUGACAUUUUAUUUGUUACUGUACACCCAACAUUUAAUAAUCCUUUUAUUAUCGUAGAACUUCCUGAUGGUUCUUCUCAUAAAAUAGCUGCAAAACACAUUGAGCAGUUAGGUAGUGUUGAUAUAGAGGGAUAUCCUUUUAGGAUAGCUGCAGUUUUCCAAUCUCCAAAACAGUUAUUAUCUUCUGCUUUAUCAGGAUCAUUACAACAACACACAGGGAAAUCUGCGGUAUUACGCAAUUGGGAUGUGUCUUUAUUUAAAACCUCUUCUUUAUUAAAACAAUCCUUAGUUGAGAAGAUCUUAAUGACAUUUAAUGUUCAAAAGACUGAUAGGAUCGAAUCAUUUGAAAUUGCAGAAGACACUGCUUCUGUUGCAUUGAAAUAUAUAGAUCACAGUUCAGCUGUAACACUUAGACAUGCACUCAAAUACCCUAAUCAAACUUAUGUCAUUCCUCCCUUAACAAGUAAUAAAUCAAUAUUCAUUUCAACAUUAACACCAACAAAUGUUAUUCGUGGAGAGAUAUGUGCAACCCUUCCAGUUUUAUGUGAAGGGGGAAUAGCUGAAAAUGAACACUUACAUAUCAAGGUUGAAAUACCACGAGGAACCCUUGCAGGAAGUACUGUUAUAAAGAAAGAACAAGGAAAAACUUAUGUGUUACAAGUUAAUGAAAUACCAUCAGGUUAUUAUCGUAGUGGAGAUGAUAUCAUAACAAGUGUUGAACUACCAGAAUUUGGAGCUAAAGCUGCAAACCAAGAAAUUACGAUUUUUACUUUAAAUCGAACAGCUGUUAAUCUCCAUGGUAAUUUGAGUAAAGUAAUGAGAAUAGUUGGUGGUGGUGUUCCUUUGAAUAAUGGGUAUGGAGAUCUUGUUGUUACUUUUAUUCCUAAGGCACAAGUAUUGAAAGAAAAAGAGUACUAUCAAAUAGCUAAGUACUGUACUAAAUUCACAAUAUUCCAUCAAGAUUACAUUAUGAGGGAAAAACGAUUUAAUGAUGGUAGUAUUAUUCCAAAAAUUUAUAGGAUCCCAAAGAAUUUGAAUGUUACUUUGAAGAAAAGGAAUUAUUUCGUUCGUUUUCCAUUAGAUGGAGAUGUUAAGAAUGGAAGACCAACUGAUUUGAUUUUUGAGGUGAUUCCAAAGGAGUAA